AAUUGUGUAUAAACAGUCUUCUUGGUUAGUUGCUGCAAAAAUCAUUCGAAUCAAAAUUAUUACUUUUUUCAGUAUUUCAACGGAAGAUAAUUGUGUUAAAUCAUGACGUUGUUCAAUCUGGAACAGUUUCCAGACGUGUGCCGCCUGUGCAUGAAGGCGGAUUCCAAAAAAUCCCACUCAAUACAUGAUAAUUUCGAGGCAAUCCCGAUGAAGAUCGUAGCAUUCCUGGAGGAAGUUACAUUCCGCACCGCGGAGAAUAAGGCUGAACUUCUGCCGAAAUCCAUAUGCGAUCCUUGUGUCAACUACCUGUCGGAGUUUGCCGUCUACCGGAAUAGGAUGGCACUCACGUUCCGGUUCAUGGAGGCUCUAGUUGAUCUGAAACAAUCCAACGCUAAGCCAAUCACCGCCCUCUUCAAAGAUAGCAAGCGCGAACUGGAGUCACUUUUCAGGGAGCUUUCAAUUUGCAGCAAACCGGAUCCACAGGUCGAAGAUCUGCUGCUGGAGUUUGAAUCGUACAACUCGGUCAACUGCGAUGCUCUCGUCAAAGUGGAGAUGGAGCAAGGUUCCGAGCCGGACGAUGAUGAUGGGCACGAUGAUGUCCACGAUGAUCUCGAUGAUCCCGAUUUUGAAUGCGUCGAUGAGCCAGAAGAUGAAGUCGAAACAAAACCCAGUAAAAAAACACGCAAGAAAUCUCAUUCAAAAACUAAAUCGAGCGAAUUGUCCAGUGACGAUGAACCGUUAGUAAAAAAGAAAGCUAAAGUUAAGUCCCCUCGAUCAACUGGUUCUACCCCUGCAGCACAAAACAGCACCACCAAACGGGUUGGUCGUCCGAGGAUUCAUCCGGAAGGAAGGCAUCUUGAGGAACCGUGGUCUUGCGAUAAGUGCAAAUUCAAAACUAAAUACCGAGUCGCCGUUGAACGCCACAAGAAGGUUCACGAGCGGCGUGAGAAGCGAAUUUAUCCGUGUUCCAUUUGUGGAGAGGUGUUCAAAACCAAUGAUGAAAUGCGUAACCAUGGCUUGGUGCAUCCGGAGAACCAGUUUGUGUGCGAAAUGUGCGGUGCAUCGCUGAAGAGCGCAACCUCACUGAAGUCGCACAUGGAACGGCAUGAAGACAAACGAAAGUAUUCCUGUCAAUAUUGCGAAUAUGCAGCCUACACGAAAAUCAAUCUAACUGCACACUUGCAAAUCCAUGCCUCCGAUAAUGCCGUGCUGAAAUGCGAAAUCUGUGGUACCACGUUCCGGAAAUCGGGCCAUCUGAAACGUCACAUCGAGAGCCACAGCAACGAACGGAAAUACGCGUGUGAACAGUGUCCGGGGCGGUUCAACACCAAGAACACGCUUCGAAAUCAUUUCAAUCGCGUGCACUUGGGCGUUCGUUACCCCUGUGAAUACUGUGAAAAAACAUUCGACCAGAGAAUCAUCCUGCGAGAUCACAUCGAACGAGUCCAUCAGAUUCAAUGCCAAUUUAUAUGCGACAUUUGUGUUGUUACGUUCGAUAGCCAGGAGAAGUUGGAUAUCCACAAGCAGCGCCAUGAGAAUCCCAAGCCUAUGGAGUGUGGUAUAUGCCUAACGAUACACCCUACCCAGGAGGCAUUGGCCGCCCAUAUGUGCAUCAGCUACCAGGACAACUAUCAGUGCUGCAACAAAGAUUUGCGCAACCAUGUGCAGUACAAUCGCCACAUGCUGGUCAAGCAUGGCAUGAAAACCAAUGUUCGUGUGAAACCUAUCCCGGGAAUGCUGUUGGGAAAUUUGAGAGGAUCGCGAAAGCGUCUGAUACAGUGUCGUAAGUGCGAUAUUGCUUUCCCUUCGAAAGCGCUGAAGAUGCAACAUAUGCUAGUGUGCAACCAGACGUCAAGGGAGGAAUAUUCGAAUGACGCUGAUAAUGGUGUGGCCGGGCGCUUCGGUUAUUAGACUAGAUUUGAAUAACUAGAGAUUAAUAUUCAUAAGUGUAA